AUCUGCAAGUAUGUACUUUUAUGAGGUGUUCUGCUAGUUUAAAAAAAAAAUGUAAAUUUAGACAAGCGUUUAAACUUCCUCAACAAUGAUAACGACUUUGUACACCAGUGAGAGCACUCAAGGGUGCUAAGAGUAAAAGAAGUCACUUGAACAAGGAACCACUGAUAUAAUGUGGUGCUGUUGAAAUAUAACAGGGUUAAACAUCAAAAAUGUCCUUCUGUGUUUUUGGGAUCUGGAUCUGUCUGUCAGCAGGAAUUGGGAUUUCAGCUACAGAGAUAUAUGGAUACAGUGGAAAACACAUCAUCAUUUCUUGUUCUCAUAAAUGGGCUUCAACCAACAUAAAGUAUUUCUGCAGAGAUCCAUGUGGAGAUAUAUUAGUUAAAUCUGACCGGUCACCUGAAGGGAGAUACAGACUGGAGGAUUUUGGGACAGGAACCUUCAAUGUGACCAUCACUGAUCUACAGGAGUCAGACUCUGGGAUUUACCGGUGUGGAGUGGAGAGAGUUGGAAUAGACACAUAUCAGAAAGUCAACCUGAAAGUAUCUAAAGGGGAAAGUUGGGAUUCUCAAUCUUCCACAACAGCAAGUUCAUCCUCCACAUCUCCGUCACCUGAUGACAACAUAACCAACGCAUUUUCAACAACAGGUCCUGUUGUUUCAUCUAAACCAGCAGUUUAUGAAAACACACAAUCUGGUCCUCUGAUAUUCACAGCCAUCACUCUGUCUGUGAUGGUGAUUAUAUCUGCAGUGGUUCUAUGUGUAUGGAAUAUUCACAUAAGAAAGUCACACAGUUCCAAUGAUGAAGCUGAAAUCCAAGGCACCACAUGUUCCACAGAGCCUGAUGGUGAUUACGAGGAGAUCACAAAGAGUCAACGGCAGAUCGAUGCAUACACAAAUGUCACCAUUUAUUCUACUGUCAAUAAAAGUCUGGCAGCCAAUCAAAUCCAAGAUCCUCCCCUAUACUCCACCAUCACCAUUUCACCAGAGACCAGCUGCAAACAAACUCCAAAUUCCAAUGCUGAUAGUGUAGAUUCAGUUGCAUAUUCAGCCAUUAGUAUACAUGCUAAAGGUUGUACACCAAGUACAAUUAUUGGGUCAGAAGACAAAGUAACCUACGACACUGUGCAUUUUUCAAAAGCUACUCUUUAACGUGUUCAUAUCAUUAGGCUGUGAAAUGUGAGUUUGCUAUAAGUAGUUGAGGUCUGAAUGUCUGAAUCUGAAUGUUGUGUAAUAAAAUAUACCUUUGGGUUG